AUGGCGACAGAGCAGACGCCCGAAGCGAAAGAGCUUGCGCUGGUCGGCAAGGUCGAGAUGCGCAUAGCCCUCGCCAGCUCGGACAAGAAACUCGAGGACCUGCUCAAGCUCUAUCUCGCGCCUCUGCUACUCAAGCUCGGCUCAGAGAGCGCCGCUGUGCGGAACAAGGUCAUCUCCAUCUGCCAGCAUAUCAAUACGCGCAUCAAGUCACAGGAUAUCAAGCUCCCAGUGGGCGCUCUUCUGAAGCAAUACAAAGACAAUGCCAAUGUUCCUCUCAUCCGGCAUUUUGACAUUCUUUACAUCCAACAGGGCAUAUCGCGUCUCACCGUGGCCGAACGGCUAGAGCUUCUCCCCAUAUUACUUCAAGGUAUCUCCAACGACUAUCAAAAAUCGGAACAGCAUGCCUCUCAGCUGUUCCAUCUGAUCCUGCGCCUCCUGGUUCUCUUCAAACUACCUCUUCGAGGCAGCAAAGAAGAUGACGAGCUCAGGACAACAUUGGCGCUUUCAGACGAAGAUGCAGCUUUCCUUUCUAAAUGGUUCGGGAAACUGCUACUGUUGACCAUUGUUCGAGAAGCCAAUACGCAAGAUACAGGCUCUUUAAGAUGCCCUGGAUUAUCUUCAGAAGAGUACAAGUUCUUGACGCUUCAAGGCAAGCCAGACGCAUGGGAUCCCAGUGCAGAUGCUGGCCUGAACUUGACCGAAUCGAAAGCCUUGGUUACGCGACUGAUGGCGAGUGGCCUGUUUAAUGAUGACGAAAAGUUCUUUCCAGCAUUGUUUGCAUCCGCUGAUACUAAUUCCCGGAUAGCAGAGGUUGGCGAAGACACGUUGAAGCGUGUCAUGCUAGCCAAAGAUCUUGAACAAGCUGAAAUUGUCGAAAGUCUGUUCAGUCUUUAUUUCGGCUCGGGUUCAGCUAGCGGCUCGCUGGCUGUGAGGACUCCCCUACGCAUCAAGAUCCUUGGCGUGCUCUCCAAAUCUACAAAAUGUACAGCAUACCCUCAACAAAUAGCCAGGAUUGUUGAAGAGGGUCUUCUCUCGUCCGAGCUGAAUGCAACAAAUAAAACAGCCGGAAGAGAAGCUUCGAAAUUCCGCUCCGCCAUCUUUUCUCUUGUCAACUUUGUCGCUCGGCGUGGAGAGGCAUGUCAUCUUUCCCAAGUCGCCCAAAGUCUUGUGGGAAACCUGAGGGCUUUUAUCCAAGACCAGGGCUGGCCAGCUCCGGAUCGCGACCAGGAUAUGGAACUGCGAGGCUACGGCUACGAAACUAUCGGCCUCUUAGCUAAAGCAGCCCCAGAAAAGAUACUAUUGGAACCAUCGCUCGACCUCCUCGAGUUUCUGUUCCGGUCCUUGCGCGAAGAUUCAGCGGGCAAAGAUGUCGCUGUCAGUAUAGAGGAAGCCCUUUCGUCUGUACUAGGGGCAUUCGCCAAACCAUUCGAUGCCUCAAUCAUGCCCAGAUUUAGACAGAUCUUGCUCCGAUAUGCCUCGGUGGAUCAGGAGAAUACGCCGGCCUCGGACAAAUUCACAAGAAGCACUCGCUAUGUGGCCACGCGAUUCGCAAAUCGCUGUCUUCCAUACGAAGACGUGCUCGCACGGUGGAUAGACAUUCUCGCCGUUAGCGGAGGCCCAGGCGAACGGCACGAGGUAAUAGAAGAAGGACGGCGAGGCCUAGACCCUUACUGGUUUAGAAUGUCCAACACCCCACCUGGUGAGCGUGAGCAAAGCAAACUGGUCUUUCCAGACUUUGACAAGCUCAUCAAUUUCAUCAUCGUCCAACAAGGCCAAGAUGAGGAUGCCAUGGAAGUCGACCCUUCAGCGGACGCUGUUGUUCAGGUCCGAUAUUUCCACCAACAAUUUCCGGGGGCUCUGCCCACUGUCAUCAGCUUCUGCUCCAGUGUCGCUAUGCAGUCUGCUUUGGUCGAAAAGGGCAUGAACCAAGAUGUUCCAGAAGAUUGGGAGAGGAAGCUUGAAACUCAGAUGACUACCGACAUGCGUGCUCGCCAAGCAUUCCGCGCAUAUGCUGCAAAUGAGUCCCAUGCUCGUUCAUUGGCAGUGAUAUUGCGUGCUAGCUUCGACAGAGUGACACGGGAGGACGUUGGGGAUGUUGGAGAUAUCGGCACCACAUUUGUGCGAAUGUUAUCCUUACUACCACAGCGUCACUGGGUGCAAGCCAAGAUUGUUCAGGACUUCCGCAACUUGCAACGGUUCGUCACAUCGAAUAACCCUGCACGACGCCUUGCUGCUGCCCAUGCAUAUGGCCUAUUAGCAUCACAUGAGAGCGUCGACCAAGAUACACUGCAAAACGACCAAAUUGCCUUUUUUGAAAAGCUGGAAACCUGGGAGACAGCUGUUGGGGCUGAUAUAAACCAAAUCAGUGGUUUGAUCCUUGCGCUUAGUUACUACUACAGCAGAGCGUUCUGGAGGGGUAGUAUCCAAUCCACGGCCAUCACGGAUGAUCACCCUAUCCAUCGGCUUGUGCGGUCACUGGUCGCAAUCAUGCAAGAGUCUCGAGACGCGACAUUGAAGGGUGCUGCUUUUUCAUGCAUUGAUCAGCUUAGCCUCUUUUACGUCAUCACACCUUCAUUGCUAUCCAAAUACGCCAAAGUCGAAGAUGUCGCCCAGCAGAUCUAUGAUUCUGCCAAGACUGGUACUACCGGCGCAAUAUUGGCAUUAGGUCAUUUGUCUAUGAUCACGGAAGAGCCGGAGGCUGACACUGAGGCUGGGUCUGACUACAAAGCUAUCCAAGAUAAGCUCUAUGAGCUUCAUGAGGUACGCCAACCAGAAGUUCACUUCUCGGUCGGUGAAGCCCUCAGUUGUUUCGCAAACGGCUGGGACUCGAAAGCCCUCACUGCCGAGCUGGAUGUCUUACACUCGGGUCAGCCACAAGAGCCGUGGGAUGCACCUCUCCAAACACCAUCUGGGCCGAAGCGCGAAAAGACACUCGGUGUGGUACUGGAAAAGACGCUCAAAGGUUGUGUACAGACAAAGCCUUCUCUGAAGAAAGCCUCUGUAAUUUGGCUCCUUUGCUUACUCCAAUACUGUGGUCACAAGCCCGAGAUGCAAGGUUAUCUUGGCCAAUGCCAGGUCGCAUUCAAGACCUGUCUCUCUGACCGCGAUGAAGUCGUUCAGGAAGCAGCCUCUCGAGGACUUGGACUUGUUUACGAAAAGGGAGACCGGCAGCUGAAGGAUGAUCUUGUUCGUGAUUUGGUUGGUUCAUUUUCGGAUAACAAGCCCAAGAUGGCGGGCACGGUCACGGAGGAUACGCAACUCUUUGAACCUGGCGCUUUACCUACUGGUGACGGCUCCAUCACGACAUACAAGGACAUCCUGAAUUUGGCGGCUGAAGUUGGAGAUUCGAGUCUCGUCUACCGCUUCAUGUCCAUGGCUUCACACAACUCAAUCUGGUCUAGUAGAGCUGCAUUCGGGCGGUUUGGACUAAGCAACAUCUUCUCAGACUCGAGCGUUGACGGUUACCUUGCACAAAACCCAAAGCUUUACCCAAAGCUAUAUCGAUAUAGAUUUGAUCCCAACACCAACGUGCAGCGCUCAAUGAAUGACAUUUGGAACGCCCUCGUUAAGGACUCUUCAGCUACUAUAGACAAGCACUUUGACGCGAUUAUGGAUGAUCUUCUUGUCAGCAUCCUCACAAAAGAGUGGCGAGUGCGUCAGGCUUCUUGCGCGGCCAUUGCAGACCUUGUUCAGGGCCGUAGUAUCGAAAAGUAUGAGAAGUAUCUCGACGUCAUCUGGAGUAAAACCUUCAAAGUUUUGGACGACAUCAAGGAGAGCGUCCGUGUUGCUGCCGCAUCUCUUGCUCGUGUCCUGACCGGGAUAUUGACCCGCUCUUUAGAGGCAGGAGAUGCCUCGUUGAAGUCUGCAACAGUCCAGCUGGAACGUGUUAUACCCUUCCUCUUUUCGAAUUCCGGAUUGGAGUCAUCGGCCGAAGAGGUUCGGUUAUUCUCCGUGCACACACUCCUACAGAUUGUGAAGAAGAGCAAUGCCAAGACGCUCAAUCCACACGUCCCUGAGCUCGUGGAGCGCCUGCUCGGCUUGCUCAGUAGUUUGGAACCUGAAGCAGUCAACUAUGUGCAUCUCAACGCCAGCAAGUACAAUCUUACCGAGCAAAAGAUCGACGACAUGCGUCUUGCGAGCGUACGCCAGUCCCCGUUGACAGAGUCAGUGGAGCGCUGUCUCGACCUCGCAGACGCAGACACCAUGGCAGCAUUGAUCCCGCGCAUCGAAGCAGCAAUGAAGAAUGCAGUCGGUCUUCCCUCAAAAGUAGGAUGUUCGCGAGUCCUCGUCACACUGGCUACACGCCACCGCUUCCUGUUCAACCCCUACGCCGACGGAUUCCUCAAGCUCAUCCAGAAGCAAAUCCACGAUCGCAACGAGACUGUCAGCUCGUCCUACGCCGCCGCAGCCGGGUAUCUCGCGCGGCUCGCGUCCGACAAGCAGAUUCUCUCGACGUUUGCAUUCAUAAACAAGAUGUACUUUGAGUCGGAGGAAAACAGCGACCGAAACCGGCUGCUGGCCGCAGACAUGAUGCGCGCCAUCAGCGCGCACGCAACAGACCGCUUCAACGCCUUCGCCGCAGACUUCCUGCCCUUUGUCUUCCUCGCCAAACACGACGGCGACGAGCAGGUCUGCAAGAGCUUCACCGAAACCUGGGACGACCAUGUCGCAGGUCCCCGCGCCGUCUCGCUGUACCUCACUGAGAUCCUCACGCUCGCUGACACCCAUCUUGAAAGCAGACAGUGGGCUAUCAAGCACACGGCUGCCAAAACAGUGGCCGAUUGCGUCCUGCAAAUCACGAAUGCGGUCGGCAGCGAGAAGAUUGAGCCGCCGAUUGCGAAAAGCAUUUGGCCCGUCCUGGACAAGGCGCUUAGCGGUAAGAGCUGGGAGGGCAAAGAAGUAGUGCUCGAGGCGUUUGUACGCUUUGUCGAGUGCAGCGAGGCAUACUGGAUGAGUGGUAGCGAGGGGAAUAAAGAUGUGGCGAGGCAGUUGGAGAAGGUGGCGACGCGCGAGAGCAAGAGACAAGAAGGCAAGAAUGAAAAGGUUGUUGCGGGAAUUCUGGAGAAGCUUAGAAGUUAUCUAGCGUGA